UCUUCUUUUCCUUCCUCAUUCUGUUUUUCUGACUCGUACUCACUCGUUGAUUUUCGUGUUGUUUUCACCCGAAACCAAAAAAACCCACACAUCUGCAACCAUGUCGGCAAUGGUCUCCCAAGAAGAGGAGGCGUACAGUGGCGAGGAAGCCAUGGGCCCGAUGCUCGUGUCUCGACUCGAGCAACAUGGCAUCUCGGCGGCAGACACCAAGAAGCUCAUGGAGGCGGGCUACAACACUGUCGAGUCGGUCGUCUACACACCGCGCAAGACCCUGCUGACCGUCAAGGGCAUCUCGGAAGCCAAGGCCGACAAAAUCAUUGGCGAGGCCACCAAGCUGGUGCCCAUGGGCUUCACGACCGCGUCAGAGUUCCACCAGCGGCGCUCCGACUUGGUGACGCUGACCUCUGGCUCCAAGGAGCUCGACAAGCUGCUCCAGGGCGGCUUUGAGACGGGCGCCAUCACCGAGAUCUUUGGCGAGUUCCGUACUGGCAAGACGCAGAUCUGUCACACGCUGGCCGUGACGUGCCAGCUGCCGACCAGCCAGGGCGGCGGCGAGGGCAAGUGUCUGUACAUUGACACGGAGGGCACUUUCCGUCCGGAGCGUUUGCUCGCUGCUGCCGAGCGCUACGGUCUGUCGGGCCCCGAUGUGCUCGACAACGUGGCCUAUGCGCGUGCCUACAACACUGACCACCAGCUGGCGCUGUUGAUGCAAGCCUCCGCCAUGAUGGCCGAGUCGCGCUACGCGCUGCUGAUUGUCGACAGUGCCACCGCGCUCUACCGAACAGAUUACAGUGGCCGUGGUGAGCUGUCUGCUCGUCAGAUGCAUCUGGCCAAAUUCAUGCGCUCAUUGCUCCGACUCGCCGACGAGUUUGGCAUUGCGGUUGUCGUGACCAACCAAGUCGUCGCCCAGGUCGACGGUGGCGCCAUGUUUGCCGCCGAUCCCAAAAAGCCCAUCGGUGGCAACAUUAUGGCGCACGCCUCGACCACCCGCUUGUAUCUGCGCAAGGGUCGUGCCGAGACGCGCAUUUGCAAAAUCUACGAUUCCCCGUCUCUGCCCGAGGCCGAAGCCGUCUUUGCCAUUAACGCCGACGGUAUUGGCGACGCCAAGGAUUAAAUGAUGUUUGGUUGACGGUCAUGAUGAUGAUGAUGAUGUGUGUGUUUGCCGUGUUGAUUUUCGUUUGUUGGGUUUGCCGACGUUGAACAAACAAAAAAUACCAAGUUACUUUUGGAAAUUGA